GCGAGCAUCCCGGCUCCCGCUUCGGCUCCGGUCCGGCUCCCGCUCCGGAGGAUGCGGCGCGCCCAGGAUGCUGCCGCGCCUGAUCGUGCCGCUGGCGGCGCUCCUCAGCCUGCUCCUCGGCUCCCGCGCGCACGAACUGCCCAGACCUCCAUCUGCAUGGUUUGAAGCAGAAUUUUUCCACCACGUCCUCCACUGGACACCCAUCCAGAAUCAGUCCGAGAGUACCUACUAUGAAGUGGAGCUCCUGAGGUAUGAAGUAGAGCCCAUCUGCUGGAAACGCAUCCCCAGCUGUAACCAGACCCUGGUGCUGUUCUGUGAUCUCACCUUGGAGACCCUGGACCUGUACCAUAGCAAUGGCUACCGAGCCAGAGUUCGGGCAGUGGAUGGAAACCGGCACUCAAACUGGACCUAUCCCAUCACCCGCUUCUCCAUGGACGAAGUGACUCUGACAGUUGACAGCGUGAAGCUAGAGAUACACAACGGCAACAUCUUUGGGGUGAUCCAGCCCCCCAGGCCCAAGGUGGCCCCUGCAGGCGACACAUAUGAAAACAUCUUCCACAACUUCCGGGAGUACGAGAUUGAAGUUCGCAAGGUACCGGGACACUAUAAGCCCCAUGCCAAGGUAGCAUAUGAAAACUUCAGCCUCCCAGCGCCGAGAGGGGUGGGAGAGUUCUGUGUCAGGGUGAAACCGUCUGUCAGCUCCCGAGUGAACAAGGAGGUCUGGUCCGAGGAGAAGUGCAUCACGCUCGCCCCACAGUAUUUCACCGUGACCAACCUCAGCAUCUUUUUCACCUUUGUCCUGCUGCUCUACGGAGCCCUGGGCUUCUUCCUGGCCUUCCAGCUGUAUGUGCGGCGCCGGGGAAAGCUGCCCGCCGUCCUGGUCUUCAAGAAGCCCAGUCCCUUCAGCUUCAUCGGCCAACUUUCCUCCCCGGAGACCCAAGACACCAUCCAUCCCCUCGACGAGGAGGCCUUCCCCAAGGUGUCCCCAGAGCUGAGGAACUCAGAGCUGCACGGCAGCACGGACAGUGGCUUCAGCAGUGCCAAGCCAUCACUACAGACUGAUGAGGUCCAGUUCCUCCUCUCUGCCCCCCGCCCCCAGGCCGGGGGGACUCUGGGAAAGGGGGCGCCUCUGUUGCUGGAGGACAGCUGCGGUAGUGGUGGCAGCAGCAGUACGGACAGCGGGAUCUGCUUGCAGGAGCCCCGCCAGAAUCUGGGCACGGAGCCCAACUGGGAGCUGCAGGUGGGGAGAAACAGCCGGGACCAGGAUGACAGUGGCAUUGGCCUGGUCCAGAACUCUGAGGGGCAGCCUGAAGAUGUUCAGGGUGGCUCAGGUUUGGACCAUGUUAGUUCCCUGGGACCUGAGGUGGCCGCAGAAGAAGACCCAGCUGCGGAGGCCUUCCAGGGCUACCUGAAGCAGACCCGCUGCCCAGAGGAGAAGGCAGCCGAGGCAGGCGGCCUGGAAGAAGAGUCCUCCUCAGCAGACGGCCUUGACCCCAAAUUCAGGACGUGCUCAGAUGCUGAAGUAGGCUGGCCUCUACCAGCCCUGGCCAAGGGCUAUAUGAAACAGGACCCCCCAGAAAUGACCCUUGCUCCUUCAGGGGCCCCAGCUGGACAAUGGAACCUACCCACUGCGGAUUGGUCCCUCCUGGGCUUGCCCAGCUGUGGUGACUUGGGAACAUCUGACUGGAACUUUGCCCAUGAUCUUGCCUCUCUAGAAUGUAUGGCAGCCCCGGGCAGUCUCCUGGGCAGCUUUGACUCAGACCUGGUCACCCUGCCCCUGAUCUCCAGCCUGCACUCAAAUGAGUGACUCGGGCUAAGGGGCUGCUUUUGAUUUCAGCUGCACCCUGCCUGAACCCAGAGGAGAGGCCCCAGGGGACAGAAGUGGAGCACAAGGCCAGUCUGGGAACUCUUCUGCAAGCCCAGUGGGGCCAGCACCAGGCCCAGUAGGUGUCCAGGGCAGGAGGAUGCCAAACCAGCACAGGGGACACGGGUGGCGUGAGCCUGCCCUGCAGACGGGGCCCCGCAGACUCCGGCAGAGCUGAGAAGGGCAGGGCAGAGAUCUCCACCUCCUGGGGACAGUUCCCAUAUGGUGAAGGACCGCUUGCUCAGGAGGAUCAUGGGGCUUUUUGGAGUUGUGAGGCCACCAGGCUGAAGUCAGCACAGAAAGCCAGGCCUCCCCGCUGAGGCCAGCCAUGUGUCAGGGCCUCCAGCAAGAUGGAGAGCUGGGAGGAUGGAGCCUUCGGGGCCUCGCCGCAGGGGCCAUUUCUAGUGGAGGAAAGAGGGAGCAGGGUCCAAACAGCUGAGAUCCAGAAGGGGGCUUCUGGCUCAGAACCCAGUGCUCUGGGGAUGUCUUGUGUCCAUCUGUAAACAGCCCCUCUUUCGAGCAAAUAGAGCAGCAUUCCCCUUGGGGCACUUGGAGUGGCCAAGCCACACACUGCCUCACCCUGCUGCCCCCACCGUCUUGCUGAUAGUACCAGGGAAACUAUGGGUGGUUGUACUGGUCAAAACAGAGGCCUUCAGGUGGCUUCUGGGCUUGGAUACCACCUUAUCUGCCCAAGAGGGUCAGGCUUAGGACCUGCACUUUUGUCUGCUGCUGACGUCCAGCUACAGGACAGGGCACUGGGCUGGGAUCUCUGUUCUCCCAGUGAUCAGCUGUGCGACCUUGGGCCAGCCACUUCUCAGAAGGCCUCAGUUAUCCCAUCUGUGACAUAAAGAAUCUCUAGGGGGCCCUCCAAGAUGGAUGUCAGCCAGGCUGUCUUCUGGGGUAACAUCUCCAACCCCACCUGACACUGGAAAGGGAGAAAGACAUGUCUGCACAGAGCUGGCUUCUUUCCCAUGCCGAGGGCUAACGGGUGUAGCAGGAGUACAUGGCAUUGUGCUGAGAGAACGACCAGACCAUGGGCCCAGAGAGGGGCAGGUGUGGGCCCUGCUUCCCCACAGUUCAGAAUCUGUCUGCAAAGCCAGUUUACAGUCCGUGGCCAGGGAAGGUGGGAGGGGUGACAGGCCUGGGGUAUGCCCCCCGUAAGUCAUCCUUGGCCCUGUAUUCUCCGUGGCAUCCUGAAAAUAGACAUCAGGCCCAGGGAAUCCAACCAGAGCACCUUCCUCUCUGCCAGAAUGUUCGUAGGUGCCAGUCUGAUAAUAACUCCCUCUAGAAACAGGCGUGAAGGAGGGGUUUCUCAGCAUUUCCUUGGAAGGUUUAUUUAUUUAUUUUGUUCAUUUAUUUGUUGAAGAGGCAGUACGAUACAGGGAAAGAGUUCUUGGUAUUUCGAGAGCCUAGGAGUCCUUGUUCCAGCUUCACUGUUUCUAGCCGUGUGACCUUGGGGAAGCCACUUUUCCUCAUCUGUGAAACCAGAAAAUGUUGCCUGACUUGUUGCAUUCAUAAGGAUGAGCGGCUCCACCAAGGGCGUGGGUAUGAGUGUGCUCUGUAAAUGUGUGAUGUCUGUUUUUUCUUCCGAGAAAUUGUCAGAACCGCAGGAAUCUCGGGAAACCAAUCAGAUUCCUGAUAACACAAUGGCUGGUAGAGGCAUCAAGUUGUUAAUGAUCAAGGAUGAUAAAUGAGUAGGUUGUGUGAUGUCACUUUAAGGUACCAAGACUGAGGACUUAGGCUCAAAUCAGGUCCAAGUCCUCAUGUUAACAUUUAUUGUCUGUGACCUUGGGCAAGUUUCUUACUAACUCCCAGUUUCCUCAUCUGUGAAAUGGAAAUAAUCAUUCCUCGUGGGGAUGUCAGGAGGCUUCAGUGAGAUCACACGUAAAGAGUUUAACACAUGCCAGGUGUGUGGUGUUCUAGGCAUAAGUAGCUGUCAUUGACUUUUAAAGCUGUAAAGAGAAAUGGAAAGUUUUUCUUGGAAACGGGUGAAAAUGAAAGAGAUCACGAAAAUGCAUGUUAAGUAUGUAACGAAAUUGCUGAAAGUGAGGAAAUGUAAUGAAUGCAACGUAAUGUAAAGGGCAUAUAAUGUAAUGAAAGAAUGAAAAUGAAUGUAAGUAAAAGAGUGUGCAGAGGGUUCUGUAAGAAGACUGGAAAGGAAACCGUGGGACGGAAAACACUAUGUUUUGGAUGUGAACUCUGAUAACUUGAAAGGAGAUCCUAACGGCCCCUCCCUCCCAGGCAGACAGCAAACCAGGCAUCCCUGGAGCCCCACCAGCUGCUCCUCCCAACCUGGAAGUGUGUCCCAGGAGUGCUUCUCAUAAGUGCGGAAGCCAUCUGCCCUCAAUUCUAAAAGCAACCUCCACCUUCCACGAAAAGCCGCAUGUGGGUUUGAGGCUUUCCGCAGCUCAGCCCAGCAGGUGGAGCAGCCCGGAUUCUCCAGGAGGUGGCCGGGGACGCCGCGUCUCUGUUCCCCUGUCAUCUCCUAUGAUGCCGCUCCCCUUUUACUCUAAUAA